AUGAAGGCACUGCGGCCAGUGAGCAGUUCUCCAUCAUGUACGACAUUUUUUGCCGAAGACAGUGGCAAUCGUGUAGUCGUAAAGCUUUACUUUAUUAAGAAUUUAGGGCUUUCUGAAUGGUUUUAUCAAAAGCGAUUGGGUAUUCUCCGUGGGAUAUUAGAUAGCCUUAGUACCGUAUCUCAUAGCUCACUACCAACAUAUAGGCUUGAUAGGUGCUUUGAACCGAAUGAUCUCUUCGGCGCUGAUCUUUACUAUGCUCGAGAUUACAUAGAAGGAAACUCCCUGGAUCUCAUCAUUCCGACAAACAAGAAUGAGCAUCCAAGAGCGCUUGAGGUUAAGGCCUGGAAGCUUAUACGUGACUUAUCCAGUGCACUCCUGUACCUUCAGCAACACACCAAGAAGGGCAUUUGUCACGGCAAUAUAAAGCCUCAGAAUAUUAUAUCGACUCCAGAAGGGAUAUAUGUCUUUACGGAUGUCGGCAUAUGCCCGCACUUUCUUACCAGUGUGACAACUCUAAGUGCGUUGCAUUCAUCAGUCCAGACCUCUCGUCUUUAUCAACCGAAGGAAUUCUAUUCUACAGUAGACAUUGCUCCAAGCUUUGAUAUCUGGUCACUUGGGUGUGUUCUUUGCGAGUUUCUUUCGGGAGAGCCUCUCUAUGCUGACAAGGCACAACCUAUAAGGCAGGACAUAAUUACCUUGCGCCGCUUUCCAUACAGUAACUCGCUUCUGCACCUUGCCCACUGGAUGCUAGCUGUGGAGUCUACCACGCGAAUAGAAUUAGCAACGUUAGUGGACAUCUCUAUAAAGGGGGUAGCAAUAGUAGCUGAUGAUGCAUUUUCCGGGGAUCCUAUGACUGACCCUAAGAUGUGUAGUCUAUGUGAGAAUAUCAUUCGGCAGAAGAACCUUAGUGGAAGCAUAUCGUCUCUGCGUAUUCUUGAAACCAGCUCUCAGACUGAGGAGCCCGAGUACUUGCCCGAAGAAAGAAACGGAGUUGUUCAGCAAAUGAUUAAUAAUGUCAACAAGCACAAGCUUAUAGGCGUUUCCAAUUCUACUUUAUUGGUGGAAUCUAUGGCACCAGAAGAUACUAGAAAAGAUAUGCAACUGCAAAAUCUAGCAGCACAGGUGGACAUGAAAAACGCUCAUAUUGAGAAGCUUAGUAUGGAUCUGGAGCAUGCCACUUCGGCCCUUGCAAUGUUGGAGAAGAGGUUUUCAACCGCACGUGAAGAACUACAACGCUUAGAGCAGAUAUAUACGUCCUUUCUUGUAGCGAACAAGCACGAGCCGGCUGUUCACCCUGUCCACGUCAACAAACUGCUACACGAGAAGAAUAAGUGCGAGGAGACGCUCAUAGCAGAGCGCGAGAAAUUCACACAACAGCUGGCAGAUGCCCAUGAAACAAUUAAGCAGCUUAAAAUAGCUUAUGAGUCCAGAAUUGACGCACACAAUGCCACGAUUGCAGAACUAGCCGCCAUAAAGCAGGAGCUUGCUAGUCGAAAUGACGCUCUUUUACGAGAUAAGCGGAUACUAACUCUACAGAAUGCCAUAAUGAGUGCAGAGUCGGAAAGGUCAGCCCUCCAGCGGGAGAUCUUGGCGGCUCGAAGAGACAUCAAAGCACUCGUGAUGAUGCACAAGGAAAGUGUACAGGCACUCAGUAGUGUGAAGGAGCGCUUAAAUACUGAGCUAGAACGCUCGAAUAAGUUGCAGGACCGUUGCAGACAGUUGGAGGAUGUACUCAAUUUAGAUAAGCAGAUUUUGCCAGCCGAUUUUGUGAUAGAAAGAUCAUUUCUUGAAGAGAAGCUUGCAAUUCUUGAGCGGGAAAACGAAAAAUUGCUCAAGGAAAUAGGCUAUCUAAAGGCAAUAAAUGGUCACGCAUUGCCGCCACCCCCGCCCUACCUAGAGAAGAACGCAGAUUUAGACGUUAUAGAAUCUUCUGAAGAGGCAAACAAGGAAAAGGCAAAGAUGUUUCUGGAGAGGUUUGAUUCGUUGAUACAAGAUACAAGAGAGAACGCGAGACAUUACAAAAGCUGCUCGGUUAUGGAGGGAUCUGCAUUCAUUGUAGACCCUCGACCCAUCCCCACUCCCACAGCCAUAUGUCACGAGAUCCUAGAAGGGAGUGGCCUCUGCACGCUGCAUGAAAUAAACUAUGCGAUGUGCGGAUCUUCUUACCGCAUGCUCUAUGAAAAAUCACUGUGA